AAAAUAAAAAGGAUAGCAAUUAGCUAGCCAGCUAAUCCCUUGCAUGACUCAGUCGCUGUACAUUUCACAGGUUUAUGAAGAAAUGGACAUGGUCGGGGGACCGGGCUGAAUUUAGAAACGGAUUUGGAGUUUUUCAAGUUGAGUUUCACCAGUCUAUGCAUCAGCAUUGCCAUGGACAAAUCUAAGUGAUGGAGUCCCAGAGGAAAAGCUCUGGUGAGGAGGACAGUUCAGGGGAGCGAGGGUUGCUCCACACCUGGAAGGGCUACUCCUAUAGUGUCACCCCAGAGAGAGUGCUCCUGUCCAGGCCUGUGCUGCAGGCUGCCCUGGGGACACGCCAUGGGGUUCUACUGGUGGAGGGUGGGCAGGUGUACAGCUUCGGUGAGUUCCCAUGGAAACAGAGCCAGGUGUCGGAGGUGGGCCCCCUGAAGCCUGUCCUAGAGAGCGCUCUCAGUGGCCAGCGCGUGGUCGCCGUGGCAGCGGGCAGCUUCCAUAGCGGGGCGCUUACCGAGGACGGCGGGGUCCACAUGUGGGGGGAGAACUCCUUCGGCCAGUGUGGCCUGUCCAGCCUCACUGUAGUCCCCAACCCUACUCCAGUGGCUGUCAUGGACCCCGACACCAGCCCCCCCCAUACCAUCCGGGUCCUGGAGCUGGCCUGCGGGGAGCAGCACUCCCUUGCUCUCUCUGCCCAGCACGAGGUGUGGGCCUGGGGCAGCGGCUGCCAGCUGGGCUUGGUCACCACCGUCUUCCCCGUUUGGAAGCCCCAAAAGGUGGAGCACCUGGUGGGCAGACACGUCCUUCAGGUGGCCUGUGGGGCCUUCCACAGCCUUGCCUUGGUGCGUUGCCUACCCCCUCAGGAGUCCCGGCGGCCCCUGCCAGACAAGUGUGGCCAGUGCAACCAGCUGCUCUACACCAUGACGGACAAGGAGGACCAUGUCAUUAUCUCAGAUAGUCAUUACUGCCCCCUAGGGUUGGAGUUGCUGGCUGAGGGAGAAGCCAGGCUGGGGCCUGGAAGGUCCCCUCCACUAGGGCUUCAGAGCUCCCCUUCAGAGCCCCUCUCCUCUCAUACCUCGGACUCAGCGCCAGGUCCCCAUCCCUCCAUAACAGAACAUACAGACUAUGAGAGGGGGAGGACAGUGGCACAGAAUGGGGAAGUCUUAACCACCACAGACACUGACAUCUCUGCUGCUGGGACAGACUCUGAUCGAGCUGUUGGUGUGGGGGGUGCAGGGUCCCGGAACUCCCCCUACCCUGAUGAUCAGGCAGUGAAAGAAUAUCUCAAGAAACUGUCUGACACCUCUUUGGCUGAGGAGACUGCCAAGAUGACCAUAGCAGGAGCAAGUUUUCAGCCCCCAGCAGAUAGCCUUGACCUCCUGACCUCUGACCUCAUCCCCGGGGUCAUGCCAGUGACCACCAGCUCUGCCCUCAACAGCCUGGUCUCAUCCUGUGCCUCCGCCGUGGGCGAGAGAGUGGUCUCCACCUACGAGGCUCUGUCCCUGAAGAAGAUGAUUAACUACUACUACCCUGGGGUUGUGGGUGUAGCAGGAGUACCCGGUGGAAUACCCGGUGGAGUACCCGGGGGGUUUCCAGGGGGACCCGCGGAGGAGCGGGUGCGUCUGGAAGAGUCCAUGCAGGGGAAGAAGAGCUGCAGCACGGGGGAUAUCCGUGAGGAGGAAGCCGAGGGCCUGAGUCGACGUCUCUCUCUGCCUGGACUCCUCUCUCAGGUGUCUCCCAGGUUGCUGCGGAGGGCCAGCCGGCCCAGGGUGCGAGCGGUGCCCCUCACCCCUGUGGGAGGGCUCCCAGAGGCGGGGGAGCUGCUCCCCUCCCUGCAGACCGAGGUGUGGAGCUGGGGGCGGGGCGAGGAGGGCCAGCUAGGCCAUGGGGACAACCUCCCCAGGCUGCAGCCACUGUGCAUCAAGUGUCUGAGCAGUAAGGAGGUGGUGCUUGUGGCUGCUGGGGCACAUCACUCCCUGGCCCUGACUGCACAGUCCCAGGUCUUCUCCUGGGGUAGUAACAGCUCUGGCCAGCUGGGACACAUGGCGUCACCUACUACUAUCCCUCGCCUUGCCACGCUGUCUGAGGGGAURCGUGUAUGGGACGUGGGUGCGGGGGRGCAGCACACCCUCCUCCUGGCCGAUGGGGACUGUUACCAGCCCAUCCUUUACUAUAGCGGACAGCAGGUCAMAGAGGGGGCGCAGGACGCACCCCAGGACCAGACAGAGGGGUACAGCUACACCCAGCAACCAGUGCUGCUCCCCUUCUGCAUGAACUUGGGCUACGUGAGCGGCGUGUUUGCGGGGGGCCAGAGCUGCGUGGCGCUAGCCGACCGCAACGUCAUGGGUUUCAGCGCCAGCCUCCACGAGCUGGCUGCUGCCGAGAGGAAGUUCUACUGCAAGCUGAGCUCUGUGAAGAACCACAUACUGCGCCCUCUGUUGGACCUGGAGUCGUUGAGUACAGCUCUAGGCCCGGCGUCCACAGUGCUGCUACGGAGCCUGGCGAGGUGUUAUAGCCACCUAUGUCACCUGACUGGCCAGCACUCUGCCUCCCUCACCGCCAACCUGCGCCGCCGCCGGGAGUUUAAAAGCCUGGUUAUGCUGGAGCAUGCCAGCAUCUUCCUGGACACAUACAAUGAGUACUGCUGCUCUGUGGGUAACUUCCUGGUGAUGGGGGGCUUCCAGGCUCUGGCCAAGCCCUCGCUAGAAUUCUUUGGGAAGUGUCCAGAGCUGUUGCAGCGGCUGGCAGAGUCCAGCGAGGAGAACAUUCCUCUGAGUGACCUGUUGGUGACUCUCUUCUACCUGCCCAUGAGACACCUUCACGAGUAUGGCAGGCUGCUGCUCAAACUGGGAACCUGCUUCGAGGUGAGCUCAGUGGACUACCAGAAGCUGCAGGARGGCUGCUCUAAGUUUGAGGCCCUGGCUCUUCAUCUGAAGAGGAGGAGGAAGGAGGCAGAGUACACYUACCACUUCUGGAAGAGCUUCCCUGGCAAGAUGACGGAUUCCCUGCGUAAMCCCCYCCGGAGGCUGAUCUGUGAGAGCAGUAACAAGGCCCUGACGCUACAGAACUCUGGAAGGUUCUCUGUCAACUGGUUCAUCCUCUUCAACGAUGCACUCGUCCACGCUCAGUUCUCCACCCACCACGUCUUCCCAUUGGCCACACUGUGGGUCGAGCCCAUCCCGGAGGAGAACACUGGCCUGCAUGGACUGAAGGUGAUCUCACCUGAGGAGACCUUCACCCUGUUGGCCUGUUCUUCCAUGGAGAAGGCCAAGUGGCUUCGCUCCAUCAACCAGGCGGUGGACCAGGCCAUGAGUGGGGCGGGGCAGUCAGGCUCAGGGGCAGGGCAGAGAGCGGAGCCUCCCAUCUCCCGGACCGCCUCCUACACCUUCUACAAGGACAGCCGUCUGAAGGAGGCCAUCUACGAGGGCCGCUGGCUGGCCGGCAAGCCCAAUGGGAGGGGUAUGGUGAAGUGGCUUGAUGGGAGAAUUUACACGGGGACGUUCAAGAACGGACUGGAGGAUGGUUUUGGAGAUUACGUUAUGCCCAGCAAGACGUUGAACCUGAACGACCACUAUCAAGGCCACUGGAAAGAAGGGAAGAUGCACGGCAUCGGAACAUACAAGUAUGCUACAGGUGAGUUGUACGAGGGCUCGUUCCAGGACAACAUGCGCCACGGUCAUGGGAUGCUGCGCAGCGGCACGCUGAACUCCUCCUCCCCCAGCGUCUUCAUCGGCCAAUGGGUGCACGACAAGAAGACUGGCUACGGCGUCUUUGAUGACAUCACCAGAGGAGAGAAGUACAUGGGCAUGUGGCAGGAUGACCAGCGGCAGGGCACGGGCGUCAUAGUAACCCAGUUUGGCCUGUACUACGAGGGAGCCUUCAACAACAACAAGAUGCAGGGCACAGGGGUGCUGCUAUCUGAGGACAACACCACAUAUGAAGGAGAGUUCUCGGAGGACUGGACUCUCAACGGAAAGGGUGUGCUGACCAUGCCUAAUGGGGACUACUUUGAGGGCUCCUUCACCGGGGAGUGGGGCUCUGGCCUGAAGGUCACCGGAUCCUUCUUCAAACCCAACCUCUACGACUCAGACGGGGACAAGGGCCGCGCUGUUAAGCUGGGGCGCCUGGCAGUGCGUCCGGAGGAGAAGUGGAGGGUGGUGUUUGAGGAGUGUUGGAUGAGGCUGGGCUGUGAGGCCCCUGGCCAGGGAGAGAACCAGCGAGCCUGGGAGAACAUCGCUGUAGCCUUGACCACCAGCAGGAGACGGCACAGAGACAGCCCGGAGAUGAACCUGAGUCGGACUCAAAACAGAACGCUGGAGAGUCUGGAGUUCAUCCCUCAGCAGCAUGUUGGUCCUGUUACCAUGGAGAAGUAUGACAGUAUCCGGCGUUACCUCAUCAAGGCGUGUGACACGCCCCUGCACCCCCUGGGCUGGCUGAUGGAGACCCUGGUGGCUGUCUACAGGAUGACCUACGUGGGGGUGGGGGCCAACCGCCGCCUCCUGCUGCAGGCUGUCAACGAGAUCAUGUCCUACCUGGCCCGCAUCUUCCAGCUCGUCAGGUUCCUGUUCCCAGAUCUGCCUGAGGAGGGUGGAGCGAUCCCUGAACCAUCCUCUGACCCCCAGGACAAGAAGGACUCCAACUGCGCAGACACCCAGCUAGAAUCCCCCAAACCUGGGCGUGUGGUGAGUAGCUCUGCUCUACUCCUGCCSGUGUUGCUGCCUCGUCUCUACCCCCCUCUCUUCACCCUGUACGCCCUGGAGAAGGAGAGGGAGGACGACGUGUACUGGGAGUGUGUCCUCCGCCUCAACAAACAGCCAGACGUGGCCCUGCUCGCCUUCCUCGGAGUGCAACAUAAGUUUUGGCCGGUUUCAGUUCCAGUGCUGGGGGAGAAGACSYAGGUUGUGUCCAGCACAAAAGACGCCUGUUUUGCCUCAGCAACGGAGACCUUACAGCAGAURAGCACAACGUUCACCCCAUCCGACAAGCUGCAGGUGAUCCAGCUGACAUUCGAGGAGAUCACAAAGGAAGUGAUGUCAUCUCUGGAGGAUAACUUCCUGUGGUCCAUGGACGACCUGUUUCCUGUGUUCCUCUACGUGGUGCUGCGCGCCCGGAUCAGGAACCUGGGGUCAGAAGUGAGUCUGAUAGAAGACUUGAUGGACCCCUGUGUACAGCACGGAGAACACGGCAUCAUGUUCACCACACUCAAGGCGUGUUACUAUCAGAUCCAGCAUGAGAAGACCACAUAAGAACCACAGAGAAUCUCUGUACUGUACACUGCAGCAGCUCUAUGUAAAGUGGCAGUCAGCCAAUUAGAGGGCAGGGAUUGGAGAGGUUUGGAGUGAUGCUGUGUCAGGGUCGUCACAGGAGGGUCACGAUGACUGACAGACAGGCUGCUGACUGUCCAUCUGUUCCCCCGUAGCAGGACCCCCUCCCCCUUACAUACACACAUACACUGACGCAUGCGCUUACACACACAUACGUAAAUACACACACUACACAGCUCCRCGCUCUAACCACUGCCUUUUGGUGACCAAGUCAUCAGGCUCGUACACCUACUUGAUUGAUCAGGUUGACCUCUGUAAAACUGUUUUGGCAGUUUGGCCAGUGCAUCUGUCCAUAGGCUUUGUGACUCUUUAGCCCCUGAAUGAAGGAACCUGCUCCUUGAGCCGUCUGGAAUAGGGGCUUACUGUGAUGUGCGCCGAGCCAGUGGAGUUUUAGCUUGAUCGCGGACUGUUGUGAAUAUGACUGGCUAUUUCCUAUUCACUACUAUAGUAGUGGCAGAGAUGAUAACCGCCUCAUUUGUCACCCAGCUCUGGUAGUGAAAUGYAAGUCUAUGAAGAGAWACUGAAUCGRUACAAUCCAAGUGAGACUCACCCUGAACUUGGAGCCUGUCUAAUAACAAGACACCGUCCGGUAUGUACAGUACGAGGUGGCAACGAGUACGCAUCGGAUGGCCACCUGUUGCUUCCAUCGGACCUCAGCCCUCAAAAGCACAUGUUAUUUAAUGGACCAACGCAACACGUCACAUUGAUGCCACUUAAAACACYAAAAGGAUUGAACCUCCGUGACAUCUGAGGAUCUUUGUACGGAGCGCUAGCCGGCGCUCACUCGGAGCAACACCAGUUGAAGUUGUUUUGUAGUUGAAAUGUAAAAUGCACAUUCGGUACAGUUUUGGUGUUAUUGUUGUGUUCACUGUUCUGGGAAAAAAUCUGAAAUAUACAGCUCUGUGUUCUUUUUGUUUGUUUUUUUUGUUUUUUUUUGACGAUAUGAGGUUGGGUGACGCUCUAAUGUUUCUCACGUAAUGCAGUUAAAUGACAGCCAGCUAAUGUGCACCUCAUCUGCUAGCCUUUUAAAACAUUUCCAUUCAUACGGUGUUAUUUGUAUUUAUAACCACUCUGUUUGCAUGGUAUUUAUAAUGCUACAAGGUGUUUUUUUCAGGUCACUUUGUUAUUCUACACCAGAGCUGUAAUUCAAAUGAACACUCGGCCACCUACAUGAAAUGUUGACAUUUGAUGGGUAACACACAGUAGAAGACUGUUUCUUUUUUGUUAUAAAUCUCUUCCUGCAACAUAGCUCAUGUAAUAUUCAUGUUUGGGGUUCCUCAAAUCAGAUGGAGGCUGUUACCAGGAAGCAAUAUUGUUAAUGUGUUUGUUUGGUGCGCUCCUUUCAUGCAGACAGACUUAUGACAGUAUUAUGCAGUAUUUGUUACUACCUGCAAGGCAAUCACUACCCUGAAGAAACUGUCGCUGUUCAACUAGUUGGAGGCUGAUCAUGUUGUAGUGGCAUUGUGAUGGUUAGACAGUGACAUUGAAGUCUACCAAAAGUAAUUUUCCCUGUUGCAAAUUGGCACAAUGUUCUUUGAAAAUCUUUUUUUAUCUCAAAUCUGGGCAGAAUUAUUAGUCUGGGGAAUAUAGUUGUUACAACUAUUAAUUGAGUGUUUGAUGGGACAUGCAGUACAUAAGAAUUGCUAUUUUAAACAUAAUUUGAUUGUAACCUGGUAUUUGGUUGUCUUUAUUCAGCUUGUUUGUAAUUUGUAUGGUCAUUCCAAGAUUUACUUCCAUUUUACCCCAUAAUUCCUUUGGCAAGGACUGGUUAUUUACCUGUAUAUUUGUUUACACCUGAAACACAUGAGGUGCUGCAUGAUAGGAAAUAUAUGAAMUGUUUGAAUAACAUACAUUAUGGUCUAUGAAGGAAGAUGUGACUGCUUGUACUUCCAGGUUAAGGUGUGUUCAAUUGGACAGAGAGCGAUCUGUAUGUUGGCACUUUUCUUUUCUUUUUUUAGGGGAAUGAUGUCAACAUUUUGUCUAAUGUACAUCUUAAUGUAAAGAAAUGGCAAUAAAGCGAACUGACAAAGUUCCCUUUAAAUGAAA